CUGAGCUUAGAGUCAGUCUUAUUGUCCAAGGGAAAGGGUAGCCAGAUGACAAGACACUUCUCACAAUGAACUGGCUCAGACAUCACUUCUCCAGGUGGCACAAGGACACUUCCUUACCCAGUACACACAUACCGCUCUUCUCACUCCUGUCAUCUGAAGACGAGCACUUGAUCUCGAACUUGAGGAGACUUGUACCAGCUGGUGUCGUGGUGAAGCAGCCAACGCGCAGAGGAGCCAGUGGCAGGGCCACAGUCACAGCCAUUGUUCCGACUGGUGGGGACUGGAGCACUGGCCUCUUCAGUGUCUGCAGGGACAGGAAAAUCUGUCUCUGUGGUCUGUUUUGUCCCAUGUGUCUUGAGUGUGACAUUGCCAGGCAUUAUGGAGAGUGUCUUUGUUGGCCACUGUUACCGGGGUCUACCUUUGCAUUGAGAAUUGGCACCAGAGAGAGACAUAAGAUACAGGGGACCCUCUGUGAAGACUGGAUGGUGGUGCAUUGCUGCUGGCCUUUCUCUCUCUGUCAGGUGGCCCGAGAACUCAAGAUGAGAACCUCCCAACUCUACGAAAUCUGUGAGGUCCCUGCACCCAAGGACAGCCUGGUUUGAUAGCUCUCCUCCCCUCCCUCACUCUCUUACACCUUCCUCCAAAACCCAUCUCAGAAAGAUUGUUCUUUUGUGUUCCA